AUGACGUGGGUGGAGCUAAUUUCUACAGGGCGGCUGGGUGAGGGGAAAGAUGAAAGCUGGAGGGGAGGGAAGCCACUGACCAGCUGCACCUGCCUGGGUUCUAGCCAAGAUAAUGAGAGCGGCGGUGCGAGGAAAAACGCGCAGGAGCGGGGAGAAUGGCAGCUUUGGAUACCGAAACUAGCAACACCCGGAAAGAUUUCCCUCCUAGUCAUAAGGGAAGCCAGUAGCGGAGCCAGAAAUAAUAUUCAAAUUCUGAACUCACUAGACCGUAUCGCCUGUCUGACAAAUCCUGCUCUUACUUCCUUUCUCAGAGACACCCAGAAACGUGCAAUCUGUACUGAAACAGCUUUUCCAACGCUGAACACUUGUUUAUUAACGUGGAAGAGUACAAAGGGAUCAAAUGCAGACUUGAAAAAAAGAAAGCCCAAAUAGGGGUUCAUGUUUUAG